AUGUCUUCCGACCAGAAACUCCUCGUCAUCAUCGGCAUCACAGGCCAACAAGGCGGCUCCGUUGCCAAAGAACAUCCUUCCAUCGAGCUCGCAGCCGGCGACCUCAACAACCAAGCGUCUUUGGAAUCGGCCUUCCAAGACGCAGACGCAAUCUUCUCCGCCACAGAUUUCUGGUCCCAAUUCAAAUCCUCAGGCUCCUACACCUUUGAAACCGAAAAAGACAUCCCACCAAACAUCCAAGCCUUCAAUUCCGAACUCCAACAAGGAAAGAACAUAGUCCACGCCGCAGCAACCGCACACUCCCGCAAACCUCUCCAUAGAUUCAUCCUCUCCACCCUCUCGGACACCAAAAAAUUCUCAAGAGGCACAAUAACAGAAAACUACCAUUUCGACUCCAAAGCCACCUACACCGCAUACCUGAAGUCCCACCACCCGGACCUCGCCUCAGUCUCUUCAUACUUACAAAUCGGAUGGUACCUAUCCAACAUCUGGGCCUGGCCAAUCUGGACACCGCAGAAAAACCACCCUUCAGAUCCGACUUCGAAUAUCUACAUCUACCCAACAACCCACCUCACCUCCUCAACAUCCCAUCCAAUCCCCUACGUCAAUCCACCAAACGACACGGGCCACUUCGUCCGCGACUUAUUCACAUCCCCACUCUCCCCUCCCGCAACGAACAUGUUGGGAUCCUGUUGGAAGACUUCUCAAGAAACUUUCGCGGAGACGUGGGCUAGGGUUUUGGGUGUGGAGAUUGAAAUCGAGGGUUUGAGUUUAGAGAAAGUUGUGGCUUCGGGUGUGCCGGAAUGGUUGGCGAGAGAGGUUAUGGCUAGUGGAGAGUAUGCUGAUAAGUUUGGGUGGGAUGGUGGGGAGGAAGGAGUGAAGAGUCCGGAGGAGGCGGGAGUUGAGAUGAGUAGGUUGACGAAUGUGGAGGAGUGGAUUCGGGGACAGGAUUGGAGUUCGAUUGGGAUUGGGAAGAAGGACUAG